AUGUUUGAACAGGACUUUUCGGAAAAGAAGAGAGAGAAACCAAUCUCGUUAGAAGACCGAAAGUUCCUUAAUAUAACAAAAAAGUGAUCCACGUUACUGACGAUGGACAUUAUGAGUUGCCACUUUCGUUUCAAAACGACAAAGUUGAAUUACCGUCCAACAGAAAGCUUGCUGAAUCAAGGUUAGGUGGCCUUAAAGCGAAGUUCGCCAAGGAUGUCAAAUACAAAAGAGAUUAUAUGCAAUUUAUGGAUAUGGUGAAGAAGGGCUACGCCAAGAAAGCUCCACAGACCGACGGAAAACCGUGGUAUAUACUUCAUGGAGUGUACCACCCACACAAAUCCAAUAAGAUCAGGAUCGUAUUUGACUUCUCAUCUUUUACAAGGACCUGACCUAACGAACUCGUUCAUGGUGUACUUUGUCGAUUCCGCAAGAAAGAAUCGUGUUUACAUGUGACAUCGAAUCCGUGUUCUGUCAGGUACAUGUGAAUGAAGAGCAUCGCGAUUACUUGAGAUUCUUGUGGUGGCCGGACGGAGAUACAUCGAAAGAGCCUGAAGACUAAAGAAUGCGAGUCCACCAAUUUAGAGCAACGUCAUCACCCGGAUGUUACAAUCUAGCGUUGAAAACCACGGCCAAAGCUGGUGAAGAAGAGUUUGGAGCAGAAGCCGUCGCAUUUGUCGAAAACAGUUCUUAUCUUGACGAUGGGUUAAAAUGCAGCGUCGUUGAAAUGUGCCAGAAAGGGGAAUUUCCCCUGCACAAGUUUACUGAAAACGAGCGAGAAGUGAUCGAGUCCAUUCCCGUUGACUACCGUGCUACUGAAGUCAAAGAACUCGAUCUGAGUCACGAUAUACUUCGGAUCGAACGAGUGCUAGGAGUGGCACAUCGAAAGUGA